AUGGUUCUCUGCAAUAUGGAGGUGUUCUACAUAUUUGUUUCAUUCAUCCUCUCUAAAGUAUGGAUUUUAUGUACUUUGGUCAUAGAGGUUUGUGCCUCUUUCCACUCCAAGAUCAGUUGCAGCCUGCCUGGUGAGAGCAUAAGGGGCUAUCUGAGCCGCCCAGGAGAUAUUAUCAUAGGGGGUACCUUUCCGAUUCACUUGGACAGACUCUACUACGGCUUCAAUUUCACCAGCAAACCCUUGGAACUUCAGUGUCAGACAUCACAGUUUUCCCCUGAGUAUUACCAGACCAUGCAGGCCUUCGUAUUUGCAGUGGAUCAGAUUAACGCGGAUCUCGAGCUCCUUCCUAACAUUACAUUGGGCUUCCAGAUCCUAGAUACAUGUAUUUCCAUACGGAGAGCAAUGCUGGGGGUACUUUGGAUGCUUUCGGAAAGACAAGAAACCACCCCCAACUUCCGCUGUCAGGAAGGGGCACCCCUGGGUGGUAUCGUUGGUGAAUCUGGCUCCACCCAGUCCAUUCUGAUGGCCCAAAUCUUAGGACUGUACCGAUACCCACAGAUCAGUUAUUUUGCAACCAGCUCCAUUCUCAGCAACCGCAACCUCUUUCCAUCCUUUUUCCGUACCAUCCCUAGUGAUGAGUUGCAGAUGAAAGGGCUUGCUCAGCUGGUCUCUCACUUCGGCUGGUCUUGGGUUGGUGUCGUGGUCAGCAAUGAUGACUAUGGUCAAUACGGAAUUCAGGUCGUAAAACAGGAAUUAUCUUCUUCUGGGGUUUGUAUAGCCUUUAUAGAAAAAAUCCUGACUGGUGAGACUAAUAAGAAUGCUCCGGACAUUGUCCAGGUCAUUAAACGUUCAACUGCCAAGGUUGUGGUGGCUAUAGCUAGCGAUCCUGACUUUGUUAUGGUGGUGGAAGAGCUUGUUAUGCAGAAUUUGACUGGGAUUAUAUGGGUGGCCAGCGAGGGUUGGGCAACGUCUACUCUACUCUCUGACAAGCGAUUCCAAAAAGUAUUAGUGGGAACCAUUGGCUUUGCCAUCCAUGGUGGGAAAGUGCCGGGGUUUACAACAUACCUCAGCGGUCUUCAUCCAUUAAAAGAUUUGAAUGAUUCCUUUCUAAGGGAAUUUUGGGAGAAAACAUUUUCAUGUAAGUGGAAUUCUGGCCAACGAAUCGGCAACUCUUCAAUUCAAGGAUGUACGGGAGAUGAACAACUUGAAGCUGAUGCUUUUGGAGAAAACCAUCGAGUAUCUCUGAAUGUUUACACUGCUGUUUAUGCCAUUGCAUGGGCCCUGCAGCAUUUGCUUUACGAUAAACUUGGAACUGAUCUAUUCCAUCAUGGUAACUGCCCCAGCAUGUCAUCAUUUCAGCCCUGGCAACUUUUCUACUACAUUAAAAAUGUGAACUUCAAGACCAAAGAUGGGAGGCGACUCUUUUUUAAUUCAAAGGGGAACCCACCGGCCAUCUAUGACAUUGUGAAUUGGCAGGUGAAUGCCAAGGGCGCUCUGGAACAGGUUGUGGUUGGGAGUUAUGACUUGAAUACCACAGAUGGGAACCCUUUGAAAGUAGACAGUGCCACCAUUACAUGGGCCAAUAAGGAAGAUGGAAAGAAGAUUCCUUUAUCCAAGUGCAGCCCAAGUUGUCCCUCGGGAUAUAGAAUGGUAGCAGUACCAGGAAAGCCCCCUUGCUGCUACGAGUGUGCCCCGUGUCCCCAGGGGCAGAUUUCAAACCAAACAGAUGCUGUAGAAUGUCUUCCAUGUUCCUGGGACACGUGGCCCAAUCUUCACCAGGACAGAUGCCUACCAAGGCCUACAGAGUUCCUUUCCUAUAGAGAUCCUUUGGGGUACAGUUUAGCAGCCACAGCAGUCUUCUCAUCUUUAAUAACACUUGUUAUUUUGGGAGUUUUUUAUUUUUUCAAAAAGACACCAAUAGUCCGAGCCAACAACUACUCCCUUAGUUGCCUUCUCCUGCUUUCCCUGUUCCUCUGUUUCCUUUGCUCUUUAGGGUUCAUUGGUUACCCAAAACCUGCACAAUGUCUUCUUCGGCAGGUGGCAUUUGGGAUGGUUUUUGCCCUCUGCAUCUCCUGUGUUCUGGCCAAAACCAUCACUGUUGUCAUUGCCUUUAAUGCAACCAAACCCGGCAGCAGGUUAAGGAAGUGGUCUGGGAUUAAGGUUUCCUAUUGUGUGAUUGUAUUUUGUGUCAUUAUUCAAAUAGGCAUUUGUACAGUAUGGUUGCUCUUUUAUCCUCCCUUCUCAGAACUUGACAAUGACAAUCAACAAGGAGUCAUCAUCAUCAACUGUAAUGAAGGCUCACCCACAGCCUUUUGGUGCAUGCUGGGAUACCUUGGACUCUUGGCCUCCAUCAGUUUCAUUGUUGCCUUCCUGGCCAGACGCCUCCCUGACAGUUUCAAUGAAGCCAAAUUGAUCACAUUCAGUAUGUUGGCUUUCCUCAGUGUGUGGGUGUCCUUUAUCCCAGCCUAUCUCAGUGCCCGGGGCAUGUAUACUGUGGCAAUGGAGGUCUUUGCCAUCCUGUCUUCCAGUUGGGCUAUGGUAGUCUGUAUCUUUGUGCCAAAAUGUUUCAUUGUGAUUUUCAGACCCAAUAAGAAUGCCAGAGAACAUCUUAUGAGCAAAGGCAGAAGUCGAAAAUAG